GCAUUUGUGUUUAGUGCAAAACUGGACGUCGAUGGCAUGACUUAUGUUGGCUCGGGAGAUGACGAUGACCCGUUUAUUGUCGGCGUGACUUCACUAGCAAUACUCGACAGUUGUAUUCGCUUCAGUACGGGUGACGCUCGUGUCCUGUUCCAUGCUGACGCAACCUUUAAGCUGAGUGAUAUUGGGUACCCCGUGAUAACCUGCGGGUUCACCGACCAAGCCAGGAGAUACCAAGUCGGAGCUUUCUUCGUGGUGAGUCGCCGCACCGAGCAUGAGUACACGGAGUGCUUCAGGGCUUUUGUGGAGUUAGUGCGCAGUCUUCGAGGGAUUUCUAUUCGCUGUGACUUUACAAUGAGCGAUGCGGAGGAUGCUCAAUUUCUCGCACUACAAAAUGUACCAACCUUCCAGCACGCCACGAAGUUGAUGUGUUUUUUUCAUGUCCUGUACAAUGUACGGAAACGUACACAGCACCUGCUGUAA